AUGGAUAUUGGGUACCUUGCGGCCCCAAGCAGAAUCCACAAAGUCUUGGAGGAGACUAUGCCCCUAAAUGCACGGCAUGCAUGGCCCACCGGUGUGUGGAUAUGCUCUGGUGCCUGCAAUCCUAGUCCCCAGCUAUGGGUAAAUAGCAACAAACUGCUGCCUUGUGGUUACCUUUGGGAGAAGGAAAGGCUAAGGAGUAAACCCUACAGAAAUCCGCUCAGUGAAACCCGACAGGAAGCUGUCCACACGAGAAGUAUACUGAACAUACGAACUAAAAUGAGAGUCGGUUUUUGGAACGUACGUACAAUGUAUGAAACAGGUAAACAGGCUCAAGUUCUGAAAGAGAUGAAGGAAAACAGGUUACAUGUACUAGGCAUAAGUGAGUGUAGAUGGACAGAUUGCGGGAAGAAUAUUGCCAGUGCAGGUGAAGUUAUUGUGUACUCUGGAAGAAGGGACAAUCAACAUCAUGAGGGGGUAGCUAUCAUCCUAAGUAAAACAGCAGCAAAAGCAUUAGUAGAAUACCAUCCUGUGAAUGAAAGAAUCAUCAGAAUAAGACUGAAAACAAAACCUGUACAGACAUCUGUAAUACAGAUUUAUGCCCCUACAAAUGAAGCAAAAAAUGAGAUUAAAGAGGAAUUCUAUGGGGCUCUACAGGCAGAAUUUCAAAAAGUUCCAAAGCAAGAUCUGACGAUCAUCAUGGGAGAUCUAAAUGCGAAAGUUGAAAGCGAUAAUGUUUGUUAUGAAAAAGUUAUGGGGAGGUAUGGCUGUGGAAGUAUGAAUGAGAAUGGCGAAAAAUUCACGGAAUUCUGUGGAAACAACAACAUGGUCAUUGGUGAGAGAGAUGAAAACCAAAUUGACCACAUUGCCAUCAAUGGAAAGUGGAAAAGAUCUUUACAGGAUGUAAGAGUGAAACGUGGUGCUGAUGUUGGAAGUGAUCACCACCUUGUUACUGCCCAUAUAAAGCUCAAGCUGAUAAAAGUAGCGCCAAAAAGCAACAUCAGGCGAAUAAAUACAGGCAAGCUGAGAGAAAACAAAGUGAGACAAGACUUUAGAUUAGAGCUCAAGAACAGAUUUCAGGUCUUGCAAUGUGGUGAUGUUGAGAAUGAGGAAGUGGUUGACGAGCACUGGGGUAAAAUCUGCAACUUGUUCAGUGAAACAAGCAAGAAGACUCUAGGGUUCAAGAGGCAGGUGCAUAAGGAAUGGAUUACACCAGAUACUUGGAAAAAAAUUGAUAAAAGGAAAGACCUUAAAACUAAGUUAUGUAACACCCACUCGGAAGGAAUAAAAGAGAGACUAAGAGAACAAUAUUCCAAUUGUAAUAGAGAUGUAAAGAAAGCAACAAAGAAAGAUCGUAAAAGCUUUAUAGAAGGUAUGGCAAGAGAAGCUGAGAAAGCUGCUUCUGAACAAAGAAUGGGAGAUCUCUAUCAAAUAACAAAAAAGUUAAGUGGAAGGAAAAGAAAAACAAACAUACCUGUGAAAGAUAAGCAAGGCAACCUUAUUAAAUCUGAAAGACAACAAGAUGAAAGAUGGAGAAAACAUUUUGAAGAAGUGUUGAAAUGCCCAGAGCCUAACGAGCUGGCACACAUACAGGAAGCUGACAUUGAUUUAGAAAUUGAAACUGAGGAACCAUCUAAAGCUGAAAUACACAAAGCAAUAACAACAACCCUGAAGAACAACAAAGCACCUGGAAAUGACCAACUGCCAGCAGAGUUAUUUAAAGCAGAUCCAAACCUAGCAGUUGACAUUUUACACCUAUUAUUCACCAAGAUCUGGAAUAAUAACACAAUAUCUACGACAUGCUCAUCAGAUGCAUGCUUCAUAGAAAAAUGUGGCGUGAGGCAGGGUUGUGUGAUGCCAGCUCUCCUUUUUAUAUUAGCAAUAGACUGGAGUAAUGCAGAAAAAAUUGGACUGAAGAUCAAUACCAAGAAAACUGAAGUCAUGUCAUUAAACACCAAACAACCAGCAAAAAUACAGGUAGAUGGAAAUAACCUGAGCAACACAACAACAUUUAACUAUCUUGGCAGCAUAGUAACAUCAGAUGGGGAUGCGGACAAAGAUAUAAAGGCCAGACUAAGUAAAGCUAGGGGUGCCUUCAUCAGCCCCAAGAACAUCUGGAAAACAAAUGACAUAAGUAGAAGGACAAAAAUAAGAAUCUAUAACAGCUGCGUCCUGUCUGUCCUACUCCAUGGGGCAGAAUGCUGGAGAAUGACAGAAGGAGACAUGCAGACUUUCUAG